CGUUUGCGAAGUUGUUGAGGGUUCUACUCGAAAGGAUAAGGGAGGGAUGGCUCGCACCGCGGGCACCACCUCGAUCGACGGCAGUCUCUACUGCAUACCUUCCGACAAUGGCGGCAAGAGUUGGCCGAGCAAGGUGGCUAUGUGUUCAUGUGUGAUCGGAACGCACGGAUGGUUGUUCCUCCCACGGCAGACUUCUACAUCGUCCUUUGGCAUCAUGACCGUUGGCAUCAUGCGAAUGAACCGAACUCGACAUACCGCUGUGGGUGACGUCCCCUCCAAAACGUAAACUGUGGCAACGUUUGUCUGCAUCGUCAAGACGACAUAAAUUACGAAGCGUAGUUGUCGAAGCUAAGCCAACAUCAUCUCGCCAGCGCUUUCUGCUCGUGUUCCGCAUCAUGUUCCGAGUACGUUGCGAUUACCGACGACAGCAUGUGAAGGGUGUCGCUUGCCAUGGCCGUGCCUGCCUCUGGAAACGUGAAUCAGUCGAAUCCAAACCCAUCGCAGUCACCACCGUCGAAAUCGCACGACGGGUUGUAGCACUCAUAGUCGCAUCGGAAGUCUCCGAUCAUGGUGGCCAGGCACAGUCGCGCGCACUUGACUUGGCAGUAGCUUCCCGCGUCGGACGAACGACAGUAUGGUGUGUCGUCCACGACGACGAGUCGAGUUUCGAGUGUCUCCGCGGCAGUAGUCGCGUGAAUCGACGAGAUGGGGUUCGAGCUCAGCUCAAGGGAUACCCUGUUCUCGUUCACAAGUGCCCAGGGUCCGUCAACAAUGGAGUUGGCACUGAGGUCGACGCUAGCCAAGAAAAGAGGCUCGAUCGAGGUCGUUUCGUUCCCGCCUGUCGCUGUCCAUUGACGUGGCAGGGUCGAAAUGUUGUUGCCUCGAAAGUCGAGCAAUGCAAUGUGAGCCAUCGAAGUCAAUCUCGGCGACAGCGACGUCAGAUGUAGCAUUGCGAGGGUCAGCGAUGACAGCCUCGCCAUCCACGCGUCGAGGAAAACGUCGGGAAGAGCGUCGAUGGGACUGUCCUGCACACGAAGGUAUACCAGUGACGGAGGGAGGUUCGACAGGACCGGGGGGAGCGUCCUUAACUGGCUGCCCCGGAUGUGCAGUGCCGUCAUCGUGGAGGGAAACGUGAUGUCGUCCAUGGGCCAGUCGGUCAUGUUGCUAAAGUAGAUGAAGAUUGCGUGCAGCUGAUGGAACGGUGUGAGUGUGGUCAUCGCAAUGCCAUGGGGCAGGGGGCACCGCCGAAUGUCGAGGAAAAAGACGGAUGUCCCAAUCACAUGUGCGUCAAGGAGAUGGUCGAUGGUGUCGCCGGCGAUCUCCCCGGUCGUGGCGCAGUUUAUCUCGACGUACGCGCAGUGGCACGUCAAGUCGAACCACGGCGCGACAUCGAGUGCACAUGUGGCAAGUGGACAUUCGGUGCGGAAGAAAGUCGCUGCCGUGGUCAGCGCGAUCAACGCAACGCCCCACGCAACGUUCGCGGCGACGUACACAACCAGGAGCCGUCGUGGCGUCCGCACAUAAACGCGGAUGCGAUUCCACCCGCUCGGUCGGCGCAGCUCUUUUGUGGACAUCGCGGUCGACGCGACUGACUUGACUGGGUCCACUGACUCGACCAGUCGACGCAGUGCGAUGUAGCUCGAGAGUUGAAUCGUCGUUUUCGAGAUCAAGUCGCCCAGCGACGACACGACCAUGUGACGGCCCAGCAGCAGUGUCUCGGUUACGUACUUGUCAUGCUUUUGGAGCCGUCGAACCAGGAGGAGGCGGAUGAUUGGGAUAAGAAAUGUGCACAUCGGGAACGCCACGGAGAGAAAGAACCCGAGGAAGCUGUUGACAAUGAGCACCGCCGACUGUCGGACGUAGCCGUGACGGGCCAUGAGGAACCAUGGGGUAACCAGGCAGUAGAGGCUCAUCGUGACGGUAAACACAAACGCUUGGAUGCGGUUCACCAUGUGCAGCGACAUGCGAUACGCUUGAUACGACUGGCACACGACGUCAAUCGUGUGAAUGAGCGGAAGCUCGACGGCCUUGGGGAGCCGCCACCGCCGUCGAUAUCCCGGUCGAGCCAUCAUAAUGUGAAGGCGGAGACAAGUAAAAUACCCAUACGUACGGCCAAAUCCGUACAGGUGCAAGAGAGUCAACAGCAAGUUGAUCCCGAUCAUCGCCCCCGGAGCGUAGACGUGGACGGAGUGCUGCUCUUCUGACGUCGACGACACAUACACCAUCGCCGUGAGGGCAAAGUAGAGCGCCGAUAUGACGUGCUUGGCGCGGGCCAGCGCCAACGUCGGUGGCUGGAUCAUCUCGACAAGAUCCACCGACUGUCCGGGACGUGCUGCCGACUGCACGGCCACGAUUCGUGGCGCCAUACCCGUGUGCUGGGGGAGGAAGUGCAAGCC